AUGGUAGUUGCACAAGUCCAAAAACUAGCGCCCGAGUUCGAUGCUCCUGGCGUCAUUGAUGGCCAAAUUGUUGAGCACAUCAAACUCUCUGAUUAUAGAGGAAAGUACGUCGUGCUUUUCUGGUAUCCGAUGGACUUCACUUUUGUUUGUCCAACUGAGAUCAUCGCCUUCAAUGAUGCCUAUGAAGAAUUUCAAUCUUUAGAUUGUCAAUUGAUUGCUGCUUCCUGCGAUUCUGAAUACGUUCAUCACGCUUGGAUUAACACAUCACGUCAAUCUGGUGGUCUCGGUGGGCAAAUCAAGAUCCCCAUUAUCUCUGAUAAAACACACGCCAUUGCCAAAAGCUACGGAGUCUACCUUGAGCAAGGCGUCCCAUUGCGUGGGCUGUUUAUCAUUGAUCCCAAAGGCAUUGUUCGACAAAUUUCCUGUAACGAUUUGCCAGUAGGAAGAUCUACUACAGAAACCAUCAGAUUAGUCGAAGCAUUCCAAUUCAGUGAUAAGCAUGGAGAAGUCUGCCCAGCCAAUUGGAACAAGGGAAGCAAGACUAUUGUGCCAGAUGUCGAAAAAGCCAAAGCAUAUUUUUUAGACGAUGAUUGA